AUGGUUCAUGGCAGUGACCGGAAAGAACUGCAAAACUUAAACGAACUGGUUGAAGAUUUGAAGGACUUGUAUUUGUCUCCAUCUUUUCAGAAGUUUCACCCUCUUGGAGAAGACAUUGAUAUAAUUUUUGACUUGGCUACAACCUUCACUGAUGGAAUAUUGUGGAAAAAAGAUAACAAGAAUCGCAAGGAAGAUCAGCUGACAAUACGGAGCCUUCUGGAUCAGCUAGCAAACCCUUGUAUUAUUGAAGGUGAGGCGGGCAAAGGAAAGACAACAUUUCUUAAAAGAAUUGCUGCACUAUGGGCUUCUGAUCAGUACCCUUCAUUACGUAAUUUUAAGCUGGUAUUUUUUGUAAGCCUAAACAGAGUAGAAGUUGGGUUAUAUGAAACAAUCUGUGAGCAACUUUUGAGAAUACCAUACAAAAUGAAAAAAAAGUCCUUCAUGGCAUUACUACUGAAGUUGAAACAAGAAGUGCUAUUCUUACUUGAUGGGUAUGAUGAGUUUGAUCCCAAAAGCUGUUCUGAAAUUGAAGCACUGAUCAAGAAAAAUCACCAGUUCAAGAACACUGUAAUUGUGACUACAAGGACUGAGUCAGUCCGUAUGGUUCGGCAGUUUGGUCGAUUGACUGCUGAAAUGGGAGAUCUGAGUGAAAAGAGUGCAAGGCUGCUGAUUCAAAAUGUCUUGGAUUACGAGCUCGCAGAUAGUUUACUUAAGCAGCUGGAUGAGUCAAGCACAAUGAAGGAGCUGAUGAAAACGCCGCUGUUUGUUGUAAUUGCUUGUGCUAUUCGUAUGGGGGAAAGUAAUUUCAUCCCAAACACUCAGACAGCACUGUUCUGUACACUUUAUGAUUUGAUGGUAGAAAAAAAUAAAUAUAAGACAAAAGGCCUUGCAUCGUUAGAUAUCGCAAAGAGUAUAAAACGCUGUGGUGACUUAGCUCUUGAUGGUGUAUUUAAUCAGAGAUAUGCUUAUCAGCAGGAGGAGUUGUCUGACGUGAGAGAAGAAGUUCUGCUGUCUGCAGGGCUUUUGAAUAAGUACACAGCCCAACAGCUGAGGCCUGUCUAUAGGUUUUUUCAUAAAUCUUUUCAAGAGUAUGUAGCAGGCAGGAGACUUCAUGAACUGUUAAACUCCAGCAGUGAAGAAGACAUCUCUAGAGGGCAUCGAUUUCUGGAGAAAAUAUCAAGUUUGUCAGCAGCCAUGGAUAAAUAUCGCAACCUUCUGUUAUAUACAUGUGGCUCUUCUGUACCUGCAGCAAAAGAUGUGGUAAAGCAUUUAACAAAGUUGUAUCAGCAAGAUAGCACCAUGCUUCUUGUGCCAUCAAUGCAGCCAUGGCCUGCAAGCAGUGAAGCCACAGAGAAUGUUGAUACUGUAGUACAACAAGAGCUGCUUAAGACACAAGUGGAGCAUUUUGUAGAGUGCGGAAUUAUUUUCUUUUAUGAGAGUUGCUCCAAAUCUGCUUUACGUAAGGAGUUUGGAGAUUUUUUCAAAAAUAAAAGACUUUAUAUUAAUACACAGAGUAUACCAAGUUACCUUUUUGACUUUUUCGAGUACUUGCCCAAUUGUCUGACUGCGCUGGACCUUAUUAAACUCUCUUUUGUUUGGCAAAGCCAGGCAUCUUCCAUGACUGAAGAAGGUGUUAGUGGUGAAACUCAAACACCUCCAAAAACUCAGGUCUAUAUACCAGAAAAAGCUGUUGAAUUGUUUUUUGACUGGAACCAGGAGAUUAACACUUUAGACAUCACACUAGAAGGAUUUAAGAAAUUAACUCGAAAGGACAUAAAGUAUCUUGGGAAGAUCUGCUGCUCUUCCUCAAAUCUCCAGCUUCACAUAAAGAAAAGUGAAGGCACUACAGGGGAGCUGCAAAAUAUUCUUGAUACAUUUAAAAACAUGCAAGACCUUAGUGUUGAAUCAACACCGCUGACAAUAAAAGAUGAGCAGCAUAUUGUUAAAAUGAACAGACUGAAAACAUUAUAUAUUUCUGAUCUACAAACUGAACGUCCAGAAGGUGGACUUAUUGAUGGCAUGUGGCAGCUAUCCAACAUUGAGAAACUAACAUUGGACAAUGUAAAUAUGACUGAAAAUGAUGCAAGAACAUUAGCUGAGAACCUGAAAAACCUGAAGAAUCUCACUUUGCUCUGCCUGGCCCGCUUGAAAUGCAUUGGUAAUGGAAUGGAAAGUAUUGUGGAAGUUAUAACGAACUCAAAAAAUCAAAGACUCAAAGAAAUUAAAUUGAUUGACUGCAGUCUGACAGGAACAGCUAUGAAAAUAUUAGCUGACAACCUGUGCAGUUUGCCAGAGCUCCAGUUACUUGAUUUAUCUGAAAAUGAUUUGGCUGAGGUAGCCACUGAUUGUGUUCACCAUUUAGCAAAAAGUUUACCUGUCUUGAAACACUUAAUGAUAUUGAUGUUGCCAUGGGGGCUGAUGGUAAGAAACUCCCUUGAUGUACUGCUGCAGAAUCUUAUGCACACAGAACACUUGGAAAUACUUGGGUUGCAGAGAUGGAGCCUAACAGAUGCUGAUGUAAUAAAGCUUGAUUGUUUGCUACAAAACACAUCUAUUCAGCAUUUGGACAUAUCAGAUAACUGUAUAAGCAGUGAUGGUUUGAUUGUUUUCAUUGGUUUUUUGAAGAACAAACAGCAUCUGAAAUUUAUUGAUAUCAGCAGCAGAGAAAAUUUUCAGCCUGAUCCAAAAUUGGUUAUGGAAAUAUGUCAGUUAAUUAAUAAGCUUGGCUCGUUACAAGAAAUCAGAAUGAGAAAAUGGCAGUUUGACGAGCAUGACUUGAAUUCUCUUAGUGAUGCCAAGGCAAAACGUGGUAACAAGUGUCUCUUAAAAUUUUAAACCAAGGAUGCCUUAUCAGCUUAAUAGUAAUUCUUAGAACUAUGCAGAUAUGAAUAUUUAAACAGCAGUGUGUAAUAGAUGCAUAAAAUUGUGUCAUCCACAGGAUACUGUCUGCAAAAUACUUGAGAUAAUACUAAGUGUAUCUGGUCAGCCAGGGAGUGGAUCACUUUGCACUGGAUUCCUGCUUCCUGGUGCAAAACAUAUUUCUUAAACUGUGAAAUUAUCAAACCUGUGGAAAUAAUUGAUGUCAUACAGGAUAAGUUUUAUACAAUAUUGUUAGACAAAGUUGUUUUAGUCUGUUUCAUAAGUGUGUUGUGUCUGUUUUGUGUGUGUCACUAGAUAUUGCAACAUGUAUUCAAAAUGUACUUUCACAUUUCAGAAAAGCCUUUUAAAGUUAUCUAUACAUUUCACACUGUUUUCACUUUUUCCUUUGCUGCUAGGGAAAUCAGAAUGGGGAACAGUUUACCAUUUCUAAACACACUGGUGGGUGUAUGACAGCAGGAUGAUGGAGGACACUACUGUGUGUCAUUACACUUAGGUAACUACUUUUGCUUAUUUCUAGAAUAGGUAAACCUAAUUCUGACCUAUGGAGCACUGAUAACAC